AUGGCACCAGGAAUGUUCGUAUUCCACUUGGCUUGGAAAUGGCACCAGGAAUGUGAUUUGAAACGUGAACUGACAAAAAGGCAAGUUCGUAUUCCACUUGGCUUGGGUACAGAAAAUGGCACCGGGAAUGUAAUUCGAAAUGAAAAUGGCGCUGGGAAUGGUGAUUCGGAAUGUGAACUAGAUAAGUUCAUAUUCCGCUUGGCUUGGAAACAGAAAAUGGCACUGGGAAUAUUUCAUAUUUUGCUAGACUUGAGUACAGAAAAUGGUGCUGGGAAUGGUGAUUCGGAACCAUUGAGUAAUUGGUAUUGA